CAUACUCAUGCACUCACCAUCAUAACUCGACUAACUUGAUCAACCUCCGACCAAUGCCCGCCGCCUCAAACCGCCGGAAUAUUGUCGGCGUCAAAGCCGAAACUGUAACCAAUGUUUCCUCGACCGACUUCCCCGGUCACUGGCCCGGCGAAGACCACUCAUGGAACAUCAAGCAUUUUCGAAGAACCUUCAGAGUUAAAUUUUUCCGCAACACCCCCCUCUUCUCCCAAUUCGACCUAAUCCACACGGACGCCGCAAUCGCAAACACCCUCCGUAGGAUCAUGAUUGCGGAGGUGCCAACACUCGCGAUCGAAAGCGUCUACGUCAGUAACAACACUUCAAUAAUUCAAGAUGAAGUUCUAGCGCACAGAUUGGGCCUCAUCCCGCUGUGCGGAGAUAAGGAUGCGCUGAAGGGGCUGUCUUGGUACCUGCGCGGCGAGGACUCCGCUCCCCGCGAACCAACUGACGAAGACACCGUUGUCCUGUACCUCAAAAAGGCCUGCGAGCGCAAUCCCGAUGCGAAAAAGACGGACACUGACCCCGACAAACUCUACAUAAACCACAAUGUUUACGCCUCGGACAUACUCUUCGAACCUGCCGGCCGCCAGAUCAAGUCCUUCGCGCACGACCCCGUCCGCGCUGCCAAUCCCGACAUCCUCAUUGCGAAACUCCGACCCGGGCAGGAGAUCGAUCUAACUAUGCAUUGCAUUAAGGGGAUCGGCCAGGACCAUGCUAAAUUUUCCCCUGUGGCUACGGCGAGUUACAGGCUUUUGCCGGAUAUCAAGAUCAAGAAACCGAUUCGCGGUAAGGCUGCGGAGAGGUUUGCUGCUUGUUUUCCUAAAGGUGUGAUUGCCAUCCGGGAGAGGAAGGACGGGGAGAAGGAGGCAGUUGUGGAUAAUGUCAGGAAUGAUACUGUUUCCCGGGAGGUAUUAAGGCAUGAUGAAUUUAAAGGGAUAGUGGAGUUGGGGAGGGUUAGGGAUCAUUUUAUUUUUUCAGUGGAAUCAACCGGACAGUUCGACGCGGACGAGAUAUUCCUUUCCGCAGUCGGGACGUUAAAGGCGAAGACCAUAAACCUGAAGAGAGAUAUUUACAAGAUGCUGCGGAAGCAAGCCCUUGACGCAAGGCGCGCGAGAGAAGCCGAGAAUCCGGACGCAGAUGAAGAAGGAGACGCAAUGGAUACUCAAUAA